UGAUCCAUUAGAUGCACGCUGGUCAGUUGUCUUGACGACACAACCAAAAGAUUAUGAUAAUCAAGAGUGUAAUGGCGAUGAUCUCAUGCUUAGUGACCAAAUUCAUCAAAUCACCCCACCACCUGUUGAUGUCACCGUUGGGGACGAUAUCAUAUCAUCUCGUGAUGAUGGUGAAGGAUUAUGGUUGAACGAAUCUAUCAACACAUGAUUCAUAUAUCAAACACGUAUUGGUAUUUAGUCUUUUUCAUAUAUUUACAUUUAGCUAUUAUUUUGACUAUUCUUGUAUAUUCUAAUGUAUGAUUUUAAAUUUGUGUAGGCUUUUAUAUCAUGGAACGAGGUGGGGACGAUGAGUGGAGUGCAUGGAUGGAUUAUGAUGGUGAUGAUGGUCCAUCCUUGCCAGAAGGAUCUAGUGUUGAUCCUGAACAGCCAUCUGUGGAAGAAGGUAGUGGUGAUCCUGAAGAACAAACACAAAAAAAUACUCGCGGGAGAAGCAAACGAAAUGAUAUAACAAAAAUGGUUAGCGAGGGAAGAAAGAUGGAGAUUGAGUACAAUCACUACGGACAACACUGGGGAACGGGAGGGACGGCAAAAGUUACCCGAAUUGGAGCAUGGGUGCGAACUAAUAUUCCACUUAGAGACAUUACGUGGCCUAAAGUGAGCCAGGACCUUAAAAACCAAUUAUGGGAACACAUAAAGGUCGCGUUUGAUGUACCAGACACAGAUAAGAGGAUGACAAUUGCUAAAGGUGGAGAUAGGUGGAAAGAUUGGAAAAGUACCCUAACAGAAGGUAUUUUUACAUUCAAAGAUGUCGCUCCCCAUCUUCUCGAGAAGCCCCCCAAACUUUAUGAAAAAAUAAUUAAUUUGCAAGAAUGGAGAGAGUUUGUGGACUCGAGAUUAAGUCCAGAAUUUGGUGUGAAGAGGAAGAGGGCCCAAGAGAGUAGGGCUUGUAAUCUUUAUCCCCAUCGCACUGGACGAGGUGGUGUAAGGAUGAUUCAAGAACAGAUGGAGAAAGAGGUCGGCCACCAAAUUACUGAAUUUGAUAGAUCUGAAAUUUGGAAAAGAUCUCGCACUAAGUCUAAUGGCGAGGUGGAGGGCCCAACUGCAGAAGUCGUUAAACGGAUUGAUGAAUUACGCAAGCAAGUGGCAGAGGGUCUUGUACAAGUGGAAGGUAAAAGAGAUGUGCUGACCAUGGCGCUCGGGACAGAUGAGCAUGGUGGUCGGGUUCGAGCCAUGGGUUUCGGCGUCACCCAAACCCAAUAUUUCAACACACCACGCCCUAAAAGGAAAAAUGUCGAUGGGUCGAACCAGGCAUCAUCUGAAUUGGAGAGACGCGUGCGUGAGACAGAGGAACGCAACAGAAAGUUGGAGGAUAAAGUGGAUGAGCUCAUUCGUUUUAUUAGAGCAUCAACUGAACCACAGAACGUUGACAUUGCCUCCGAACCAGUAGCACGACCGUCGAGUGCUGCCAAUGUCUACUCUGCACCAGAUCCCAUAGUACAACCGUCAGGUGAUGCCAAUAUCUACUCUGCACCAGAUCCCAUAGCACAACCGUCGGGUACUGCUAAUGUCUACUCUCCAUCACCCCCGCGUUUUCGAGAGGAAAUUGCUCCAGCAGCAGCACCGCCACCUACUGGUGGUAGUUCGGAAGAGACCUUACCAUGUUGGAUGCACUGUCUGUUGGAGCCUAGUGGGAUGGUACUGAAGGUUGCUUCAGGCCACAUUGUGAAGGAGAAAUAUUUGAAAGAUGGAAAGUUUUCCAUUAACAUGGAAGAAUACCUACACAAAGAUUAUCGUCGGAGUCAAGCUGUAAAUGGUCAUGUGGCAUGGCCAAAAGACUAUCUUACAGCUGUUGGGAAAUAUUUGACACAACCACCCACCAAGAAACUUCAGAAGCAACCCGUGAAGAAAAGCUCUGAAGAUUUACUCGGUCCUCCAACACAGCCUCUAAAACACCCUGGGAGGCCGAGUAAGGCAAAAGUUAAUGCAAAGUAUGCCCAACCACGCCAAACUUCUUCCAUUAUUGCAUUUUGGAACUUCGUCAAAAGGUGGCCCAAGUCAUCCAUGCUCCAAUUCCAAGUCCAGAAUGAGCUAUUUGGGGUCGCAGAUGACUCUAUUUGGCUUGCUAAGAGUGACAUUCAAGAAUUGUGCACCAUGCAAUACUUGGGAGCCCAACAAAUAGGAGUUUGGUGCAAGUACCUUAAAGAAAGACUGCUGGACAUGGGUGGGUUGAAUCGAGUCUAUGAAUUUUUGAAUCCGGGUGCGAUUGCCACCGAUGCAGGGGAUGAGAGUAAUCGUUGCCAAGCACUAGUCGCUCGAAUGACUAGGAUGACUAAUUCAGAGAAAUGGCUUAUUGCCCCAUAUAAUAAUAGGAAGAUGUUUCACUGGAUGCUUGUAGUGAUCCAGCCAAGUACGCAGACGGUGGCGUACUUGGAUUCAGGCAACGACGACAUCCCGGAUGAUUUGAACUUUAUUAUAUCCACAUCGUUCACAAUGUAUAACCGAAUGGUACGACGACCUGAUCGACCUACCCAGUGGAUGACUCCUAUUUGUCCUCAACAACCCGAUGACAAACAGUGUGGAUACUACGUCAUGAAAUUCAUUGAAAGUUUCAUGGUCGUAGAAGAUCCAAUACAAUUGUUGACCCGACAAGAUAGGUUCUCCACUCCGUACACUAAUGAUGAGAUAAAUAUUAUGCGUGAUCGGUGGAUUCAUUAUGUGAAAGCGGAAGCGGAGCGACAACAGUUACCGUGUUAGAUAGUGUGUAUACAUAUACAUAUUUAGAUGAUAUUAAUUAGCGUUAGUUCAAUUAUUGUGACUAUACAAAAUUUUAAAUAUAUUUAGACGUUAGUUUAAUUGUUGUCACUAUGCAGAUUUUUACAAAAUUUAAAAAUUAAUGCAGGGAAAAAAAUUGCAGAAAAUUUGUUUUUUUUUCCUAUUUUUCAAAUGUACCGACCGAAAAAAACCGUCGCUAAAAAAAUUCAAAAACGAAACCAGCAUAUAAGGCA